GCCUACCACCGGCGGAAGCUCCAAAAUCGUGCCCGGUGGCUCGUACAUCGUUACAUUCCUACAUUACAAGAGAACACAAUGAAGAUUACGGUAAAGGAGUUCAAACAGUUGCUCUGUGCGAAGACCGGCCUACAGCACCCUCAGGCACUCAGCCUCUGGCCUGUCGACGACGACCUAGACGUGAAAGAGGAGAAGGAAUUGCAGGAAGAUGAGGAAUCCGACAGGCUGGAACCGC